CAAGAAAAGCCCCAGGACCAAUAGCACUUGAUCCAAUCAACCUGGACGAACAUGUCAGGCUGCCUGAAGAUUUGAUAAAUCUCUGGAAUGAGGUCCCAUUAAAACAAGAAACAGGAAUGUCAGAUUUGAAAUCGUACCAACAAAUGCUGCAGAACUUAUCCAUCAAUGACGGUUGUGUGGUGAAAGUUGUGAAAGAGCGAAUCUGUUCUGCAGCUUUUCACCCCUCUUCAUCCAGCUUGCUCAUGGCAGCAGGAGACAAGUGGGGCCACGUGGGACUCUGGAAGCCGGAUGCAGAAUGGGGUGAUGAUGGUGUAAUCUACUUUGAGCCCCACUCUCGUACAGUUACCAGCAUGGCCUUCUCAUCUCACCCUUGCAACCUUAUAACAGUAAGCUUUGAUGGCUCUGCACGCAGCAUGGACCUGGAGAAAGCAGUGUUUGAUGAGGUGUAUCGCUCUCCCUCUGGCCUGAAAAGUUUUGACUUUUUGACGACCGACUGCUCCACUUUACUACUCGGUCUAUGGAAUGGGGAUGUUGCCGUCGUUGAUCGUAGAACUCCUGAGAAGUUACAUGAAUCUCUGUAUACCAUGGCUGCAAAUCCACUGCGCUGUGUUCAUGUCCAUCCUGUGCAACAGCAUUACUUUGUAGUGGCAGAGAACAGUUUUGUAAACAUAUAUGACUUGCGCCAUCUGAAAAGAAGAAACAAUAAAGCAGUUGGUGAACUCACCGGUCACAGCCGCAGCGUAUCCAGUGCCUUUUUCUCUCCACUCACAGGAAACCGAGUUCUGACCACUUGUAUGGAUGACAAGAUCAGGGUAUUCGACACUUCCAAAAUUAAUGGCAGGACUCCUGUACUAAAAUCAAUUACGCACAACGUGCAGACAGGUCGGUGGUUGUCCAAACUAAGUGCAGUGUGGGAUCCAAAGCAGCAAGAAUGUUUUGUGAUUGGUAGUGUGGACAGGCCUCGCCGAAUUCAGGUAUAUCACGAGAGUGGCCGCCUUCUUCACACUUUUCGAAACAUGGACCACCUGACCACGGUGUGCUCCAUCACAGCGUUCCACCCAAACAGGAACAUUCUGCUUGGAGGAAAUUCAAGUGGGAGGCUGCACAUAUUUACUGACUCUUUUAUCAACUAGAAAAUCUUAAUUCUUUUACCCGUUUGUUGAUUUGAGUCCCUCUUUUUCCCUUUCUGUACACCGAAAAGUAUUUGCUUUUACUCUUGUUUUAUAUCAAAUAUGCUGUUUGUUUUUGUUCCUGUAACAUGUUAUAAUAAAGAUGAUAUAAACUCUUGAAUAAUCUUAUC